AGUAGCUAUGCGGGCGAAGUGCGUUGGCGCACGGAGAUGACCUCUUUCGUAGCACUUUGAGUCAAUUAAAUCUUUAAUUCUCCUUUUUAUUCAUCUGUGGUGCCAAGACUGUAGAAAUGUCGAGCCAGGUUUUGGCGGACUCGAUCGACCCUGAAAAGCUUUCUCAGCUUGCACCUGUGGAGUUCACAGCACCGAUGUUGUGUUAUGUCGUGAAGAAAACAGGACCCGCUAGUAGUACUGAAGAAGCAUCGUUUUCGGCCGCUCAACAAGCAUCAGUUGGUGGGCUCGCUGCUUUGUUUGUUUGCUACGCAACGAGCCCUUCGACUUCGAGGUCCGCGACUAGCGGCAGUGCCAUCACAUCAGCGGCUUCGCACAAGGACAAGAAGGCAUCAGACCACGACAUGUCAUCGGUGGAGCGAAGACUGAUGGACGAAGGAACCCGCAUGGCUGGCCGUUGCGGAAGAUUCAGGAAGUCUGACGAAGCUAGCGAAUGUAACAAUUCAUGGAUCCAUGGCGGAAUGGGAUUUCCGUUUUCAACAUCAGCUUAUGCCCUUGGCGGUGACGCUCCUAUGGAGCAACCACAUUAUCGACCUUUCCUAGGAGGGAUGAAAACCGGACGAGCCUUCUUGUAACUUUUUAAGUUUCUUCUAGUAACGUUGUGAUUGGCCUUGGCGACUGUGUUGCAGAUGAAGAUGGAAAAACGAACCACCAUCCAGGCAUAUGGUAGUAGAAUCGGGGUGCCGCAGCUGUCUCUGUCUUGAUGCUUUAUUCGAGGACUAAGUAAGAGUAACUACAAGUCAUCAUUCCACGACCCAUACUAGAGAAGUAGUCGGUGAGGGGGCGCAGAACAGCAACUACAGUUCUGAAGACCAUUGCAGCCCCUGCACCACUUCCUAGAAGAUCUGGAUUCAGAAGAAGACAGGAGAUUCCGAGCAGCAUCAUAGACGAUGAAGGUGCGACGAGAUCCUCAUCAACCACGACCACUAGCAGUGUAGAACGCGGCUUUCUUCACAGUGCCUUUCAUCUUCAGCGCAAGGCAUUGCGGACAGCGGCAGCGAUUUGCAAAGUAGCAGCAAAAGUCGCUCCGAAGACAUCAAGCAGGGGGAUGCAGGAGGAGCAAGCGCGACUGAAACUAACACAUCUCCAACAAGUCGCGCUUUGGCUGCUAUCGCAUCUUUUGCGCCGCCUCGGUCUCUGUCUCCUCCGCAGCGGUCUCUGCAGAAACUGGUCUUAGAGCGAACGGGAUUUUCAAUGUUUGAGGGGGUACAUCAGCGGAGUCCUUUUUUUUUUGUAGUCCGAGAACGCCGAAAGGGUGAUCCCAGUGUUGUCCGGUGUGCCGUCCUCGGAGAUAAGCUAAGCAGCGAGGAACGGGAGCACCUCGAUCCAUGAAUUCUUCAGGUGGUGCACCACUCACCUAUACUGGCACACCUACGGCUGCACCUGUUAGUGAAAGUGGAAAGGCGGCAGCAGAUUUGUUGGAUUUAGAUGAUCUAGAUCUUGGUGUUGGAGGAUCUACAUCUUCGAGUACAGCUCCUAAAGUUUUAUCCGCAGCCGCUAGUGGUGGAAAAGGCGCAGAACCAGUAGCGGCAAAUAAAGAUGUCAUCUGGCUACUUAGAUGAUUUUACUGAUUUCUGAGUCUGAGAACUCUGAAAAAAGAACAGACGUGGUCGUUGUCAUAUGCAUGAUACGGCAUUUUGGUUCUCUCUAUUGCUGAUCAUGAAAUCUUCCAAUACAUCAAGAACUCCACAUUGUACUGGUUCUCUGUAAUCAUGUUAUAUAUAAUGUUGUAGACCCCGAACGGCUGCCCACGAUGAUCAUCAUGAUCCCUUUUUUUUUGACCACUUCUUGAUCCUCGAGCUGUAAAGCCACGCAGACUCUCUACCUUGUAGACUUACGCUUCGAAAUUGUAUGCCCUUGUUGUAGUUUUCCCGAAAAUCAAGGCUAGAAGAAUUAAU